AUGCCUACUAGUAGAAAGUUGAUGAGACAUAUAUCUAAGGUAUCCAAUGUAGAGCAAAGGAAAUUAGAAUAUGAAUUUAAAUGUAGAUUAGCUGUAGACGUUUCUAAAAUAUUUGAGGAUAGACGGGAGAGAUUUCCUAGAUUGAUGAAAAAUUCCCAUCAUGUCAUUGCAACAAUCAUUGCCGUUUCAUCUGGAACUGUACUCAUUUCCCCGUCAACUUUGUUUCAUAACGCUCUAUUAAGACACCAAAUUAAGCUUUCAGCGUUGUCUCUAGCUUACAUAUCUGCAAACCCACUCGCUUUUGACAUCUUUGACUACAAGACAUCUAAGUAUUCUUUUACCAGAAUUUUUAUAUCUUUAAAAACUCUAUUAUCAUCGUUUCUCUGUCUCAAUCUUGCCGACUACAAUGUAUUGAAAUGUAUGCUUUUACUUUCAUUCUCAUCAUUCUCCUACAGUCUGUGUUGCAAAUAUUUGGCUAAGAGGGCGCUAAUCCCCGAGACAUUCGCCAUUUAUCAAUCAAAGUUGUCCUUAUUUAUCGCAAUCACUCUUCUUUUGGGUUCCAUAAAAGCUUAUUUCGUGACUAAUGACCUUAAAAAUCCUUGGUACCAAUCUUUGGGCUCAUCAGACACAUAG